AUGUCCCAUCUCAAGUACUACGCAUACCCCGGCGUCGGCGUCCGGAACCAGACCAAUUUCAAGUACAGCCAAGCUGUACGAGUCGGCCAGCGAAUCGAGGUCGCCGGGCAGGGUGGCUGGAACCCCGAGACGGGCGAGUUCUUCAAGGAAAUCAACGCGCAAAUCGACCAGGCGUUUCGCAACGUCGACCUGGCGCUGCGCGACGCCGGCGGCAAGGGCUGGGCGCAGGUGUACCGCAUCAACUCGUACCACGUGCCCAUCAACGACGAGGCCGUCGCCGCCAUGGUCCGCAACUUCAAGGCCUGGCUGCCGGACCACGAGCCCCUCUGGACCUGCGUCGGCGUGACGCGCCUCGCAGAGGACGACAUGAGGGUCGAGAUUGAGGUCGUCGCGCACGACCCGGACGCGUCGGACAAGUCGUGA